AUGGGUAAAGUAGGAAGUAAAGUCCUGAGGGAAGCUACGGUGGACGGUGUUCAAGUCCAGGUAUCACCACCUCCUGCUGCAGCCUCUGCGGCCCCCGCAGUAAAGUUUAACAGGCCCACAAAGACCAAGAGGAUGAAGGUGAAAUGGACUCUGCUGGGGUUGGUGUUCUUCCUGCUUCUGUCCAUGGCCAUGACAGGAGGCUUCAUCUGGCAGUUUCUGCUGCCGAAGCUGGAGCAAGAUGAAGGGAUGGGUCGAAAUGCUGGAUUUGAGAUGACGUGUCCUCGUUUCCCGGAGCCCGUGCCACUGGAACAUCCUAUCCCCAGCCUGAAAGAGGCUUUGGAGAAGGUGGAUCUUUUGCUCCGACGAAGCAUCAACACGGUCAGUCUACCUGCUCUGUCAGCCAUCGUGAUCCUAAAUGACACUGUUUUAUGGACUGGAAAUUUUGGGAAAAAGAAUUCCAGUGACCCUCGUUCAGCAGCCCCCAAUGAGUACACCAUCUACAGAAUCGCCAGCUUGUCCAAAAUCUUCCCGACGCUGAUGCUGUACAAACUUUGGGAGGAAGGAAAGGUCAGCUCCCUGGAUGAUCCUCUGGAGAAAUACGUGGAGAACUUUACCAUCAAAAACCCCAUGAGGAAGACGCGAAACUCUGAGCUGAAAUAUGUGACUGAUGGUCUGAUAUUUGUCGACAGUGGAGAAGUUCAAGUUCGCUCGUCAUCAGUGACUCUGCGCCGAAUGGCCAGCCAGCUCUCAGGACUCCCGAGGAGACUCCGGGCUACAAAUCUGCUGUGGAAAGGAAAAACCCAGUCGGCCGUCAGUCUACUACAGGAUGAUGUACUUGUUGCAGAUCCAGGCACCAAAUGUCACUACAGCAACCUCGCCUUCUCCCUGCUUGCACAUGUGAUGGCCGAGAUGAUUGUUGGUACAAAUUACCAGCGAUGGAUCAUGGACAACAUUCUGGACCGACUAGGAAUGGAAGACACCGGCUUUGACAUCAACCCUGGAGUGCAGAGUCAAAUGGCUGUUGGAGUUUACCCAAGUGGGAAGCCAGCUCCUCUCUAUGACCUGGGCUGGUACCGGCCAUCAGGUCAGAUGUUCUCCACAGCGGCAGACCUGGCCAAACUAGCCAUGGUGCUGAUGGGUGCUUAUCAUCGCAAGCUGCUGGAGCCAGACGCAGUGAAGAUCAUGCUGACCCCACUCUACAGGUGCAGCAAAGACUACUUCGCCAACCACACUGGGACACCGUGGGAGGUGAAUGAGCUGAUGGGUUACGAGGUGCUGCGUAAAGAUGGAGAUUUGGAUGGCUACUCUGCCACCUUCUCUCUGGUUCCAAGACUUAAGCUUGGUUUUGUUGUGCUCAUGGCUGGCAGUAGACCUCAACACCAGGAUAUUGUCACCAAGGCCUACAAGUACGUCAUCCCUGCCAUAGAAAGAGCCUUUAGGGAGGCCAAGAAAAUCCUCGCUGCUCCGCCUGAACCACACCCCUACGUUGGCUUCUUCACCUAUGGUAACAUUACCUUUUACGAGAUAAAAGUUGGGAAAGACGGAGUCUUGACCAUGCAGCAGUUCGGACCUCAAAUUCAACAGCUGAUUCCAGAGAAGUACAGGACAAUCAAGCUUAACUACCUCAUGGACCGGGUCUUCAGAGUGGUCUUUGAGAUAGAGUACCCGUGUGUGUUGCAAAUUGGCACAGCCUCAGUAUCCCUGGAAGCCCAAGACGGUCAGUUGUUCAACUUUUACAUGUUUAAUAAACAAGGACUGUCCCCCGGUUUUGACGCUCCGGGUCUAAAUACAUAUAAUGUGAUGAGAAUAUCACGCAAGCCAGCUUUCCAAAGCUGA